AGGCUUUGGCCCUUCAAAGCGGCGAGCUAUGGGCAGCGUGCGUGUAGCGGGAGAACGCGGAGAAGAACGCACGGGCGAGCCCGCGGCGCUAGUUUGCGUAUGUCAGCCGCGCGGGGGCGCCCGUCGUGCGGGCACUUACAACGUGAAAACGCGGGGGGAACGCGGCCGCGGGUACCGUUUCCAUCCCAGUGAGUUCGAUGACGAAUGGCGUUCCGAGCCGUGCGCACAUCCCGCGCGCCCUUGGGGCCUUAGCUGCCGCCGCCGGCAGCCGCGCGCACAGCUUCGGCCCCCGAAGCGAAAAGACGCGGCGGCGCAUUCAUGGACCUCGAAGGCGCCGCCUCUGCGCGCCCUUGACAGACAAAUCCCCGGACGCAGGAGAGCUUGGGGCGAUCUUGCGCAUGGUUCUGAAAGUGGCGCGGCCCGAAAACACGAAGGAGGACGGAAUGGCGCGCGUCUGUUCCUGGUGGGAUUGAUGUGGGGGCGGGUGGCGUGGGACGUGGGUGAGCUCCCUCGCACCAAGGAAGCGGGCGCGGCCCAUUGCUACCGAGGGGCCCCGG